GUUUAACUUUAACUUUAAACCUACCAUUGCGUGCGAGACUUCAAGAUCAGAUUUUCCCAAGUGAUGGUCGAGGUUUGAGAAAUGGCAGCGUUAGCCCAUCUUCUAGAACUGGUUGACAUAAAAAGCUUUUUACUUUUUCUCUCAAUUUUUCUCAUCCUGGUUGAUUAUAUCACGUCUAAACCACCAAAGGACUUUCCUCCAGGACCAUGGUCAUUGCCUUUCAUAGGGCACUUGCAUCUCUUGACUGACUUCAGCAAAGCCCAUCUCCAGUUUGCAAAGUUUGCAGGAAGAUAUGGCAAUAUAUUCAACUUCCGGCUUUUCGGUCCAAGACUUGUGGUUCUCAAUGGCCAUAAACUAGUGAAAGAAGUAUAUCAAGGAGACAAUAUUGCAGACAGACCAGUCGUACCUUUAUUUGAUGAUAUUAUUGGUGGCAAAGGUGUUGUACUGUCGAAUGGAUAUAGUUGGAAACAGCAAAGGAGGUUUGCGCUGCACACUCUGAGAAACUUUGGAUUGGGGAAAAGAAGCCUUGAGCCAUCUAUUCUUCUGGAAUGCCGAUAUCUAAACGAAGCAAUUAGCAAUGAGCAAGGUAAGGCCUUUAACCCGCAAUGGCUCGUUAACAACGCUGUGUCCAACAUCAUCUCUGUGCUGGUGUUUGGGGAGCGUUUUGAGUACACCAACGACACGUACCAGUCCCUCCUGAAGGACAUCAAUUUAAUCUUCAUUCUAGAGGCUGACAUUUGGGCCCAGAUAUACAAUGUGUUUCCAUGGUUGCUGCGCAGAAUUCCUGGUCCUCACAGGAAGCUGUUUGCCGUUUGGAAUAAAGUGAUUGACUUUGUAAGGACCAAAGUUAAAGAGCAUCAAACAGACUACGAUCCCUCAAACCCCAGAGACUAUAUUGACUGCUUCCUUGGAGAAAUGGAAAAGUGGAAGAAUGACGAAGCAGCAGGUUUCAACGUGGAGAACUUGUGCUACUGCACCCUGGACCUGUUUAUAGCUGGAACUGAGACCACGUCCACCACCCUCUCCUGGGGACUGCUGUACAUGAUGAAGUAUCCAGAGAUACAGCGAAAGGUGCAGGAGGAGAUAGAUCGAGUGGUGGGAUCGUCAAGGCAGCCCUCUGUGGCCGACCGGGAGAACAUGCCUUACACGGACGCUGUGAUCCAUGAGAUUCAGAGACUUGGCAACAUCCUCCCUUUGAACUUGGUUAGAAGUGCCACAAAGGACACUCAAGUUGGAGACUAUGUUAUUCCUAAGGGAACAAUGGUUGCAGGCGUCCUUAAUUCUAUUCUGUUUGAUGAGAAGGAGUGGGAGACCCCUCACACCUUCAACCCAGCUCACUUCCUCGAUGCAGAGGGGAAGUUCAGGAAGAGGGAGGCCUUCCUGCCGUUUUCCUUGGGGAAAAGAGUGUGUCUGGGAGAGCAGCUGGCCAGAAUGGAGCUGUUCCUGUUCUUCACUUCACUGAUGCAGCGAUUCACCUUCUCACCACCAGCUGGCGUAGAACCCAGCCUGGAGUCCAAACUUGCAGUCACUCGCAGUCCCCAAUCCUACCAACUGUGUGCUGACCCUCGCUAAAAUGUAUAUAGGCCAAUUAAUGUUGUUGCUUUUUUGACAUUUAUUUAGGCCUACUGUAAAGGAAUAUUAUAAGUAUUUUUUCAGUAUGGUAACUAGGGCUGGGUAAAAUAAUUGAGAUCGAUCGAAUCGAAAUUCACAUAAUCGUUUCACAGGGCACAAAAUCGAUUUUUUUGGUUCUUUUUCUUUUUGUUCUUUUUGUUCAAUUUAGGUCUAUGGAAAAUACCCAGUAGGUAUUAGUCAAUCAGGCCUAGGCCUACUUAUUACAAAUUAGCAAUCUGUUAACACUGUCAAGCCACAGCCCUUGACAUUUUUAUAUAAAAAUAGGCAACAGCAUCUUUUGGGGGAAAUCCUGGCACCAAGAAGAGAACGGAUUGAAUCGAUUCGGAAUGAAUCGAAUCGAAACGAAUUGAAUCGUGAUUAAUCGAUUGAAAGCCCUACGAAUCGAAAUCGAAUCGAUACAGGAACAUGGCUGCGAUACCCAGCCCUAAUGGUAACAUGUGUGACUAGCUAAACUGAUAACUUCCAGCAGGUUGCUGUUCUGUAGCACAAUACAACAUUGAUGAGCAAAUAUUACUAAAGCAGGACAAAACAAACGAAAACAGGGCCUAGAUAUUGAAUGAUAUCCACAGGUUGUGCUUUGAGCAAAUGAAAACGUCAUUUUUCAUGCUGUGUGGACGGGCAGAGGUUGUUGUGGACUUAUAUUCGCUUUCAUGCAUGCAUUAUGUUCACUGAAUAAAGGUAAAUAUGACAAAGAUCAAAA